AUGUCAUCUCGCGUCGAAUAUCACCGAUUCAGUCGUGGCGAAUCUUGUACUGAGGAGGGGUGUCGUUCUCGGAAAUACUAUAUUGAAGAUGGGAAAAAAUUCUGUCAAAAGGGACACGAACAAGCAGGAUUUACGCAAACGCAACAAGAUGAAGACGACUGGAAAUUCAGCGGAAAGAAAUCCCGCAAACAAAAAGAAGGCACAGAACGCGUUCAUCGGCUUCUGAGUGGUCGAGAUGCCACUGAAUUGUACCUGCAAUGUUAUCAAUUGAUCCUAUGGAAACAGCUCCACUGGUUAAUAAAUGCCAAGGGCUUUCCAGCGGAUUUGGAGACAGUAGUAAGAGAUCUUUGGAGUCUUCGUGCUCGUGAUCUCCUUAAAUCAGGAAAUGAGAAGGAUUAUGGUUCUGCUUCCGGGACGAUGUUUAGUUCUCAGAGUGAGGGCGAGCAUACCGAUACUGACGCCAAAAGUGUCUCCAGUCGCAGAAGUAGAAGGAGCAUUGCGGGCGAAGAAAGGUUGCCAAAGCUGAUCGAGACGUUGGGAUUAUGUUAUUUAGGCGCCGUUUUGUUGAGAUUACCUGUCAGUUUGGGUGAUCUCUUCAGAUGGGCGACGGAAGAGGAUAUUAUAUACACACGAGCGAUCAAGGAAAUACCAAAAGAAAUGCGAAGUAAGCUUCCGCCGACCCUCGCUGCCGCUCUCGAAAUUCAUGCAGAACUCAGCGGUCCGAUGCUGCACCGCAAAGUUUCGGAAUUGGUCGAAUAUUUCAAUACCGAAUUUGAGAUGACAUUCCCACCACUGAAUUUUCCUUUCCUGAUUUACAAACAUAUGAAGGAACUUUUCCUUCCUGUCGAGGUCUACCCAGGUGUUCGCCGAUUGGCCUCAUUACUAGAGUUUGAUUUCACUUAUCCACAUGUAUACAGAAGGUCUAAUGGCGCUUUGGCAUACCCCGAGUGUCAAAUCAUAGGUUUAAUCGUUCUCGUCACAAAAUUAUGUCAUCCUUUCGAUGCCGUGGAGCGAACUCCCUACAGCAAAACAGAUCCUACUAUAAUUAAAAUAGACUGGCUAAGAUGGCGAGAAGUCAGAGACCUCGAUAGAACCAAAGGCAUGGAAAAGGGCAAAGAAAUCAGAACUAUAGAUUCUGAUGUCCUGGCAAUGAGCGACAAUAAUAUUGAUGACUAUUUGGAUUGGUAUCAACGGACUUGGAUGGAUGAUCGAGAUCCCAAAAUGCCCAAGCAGAUUCUUGACUUCUUUCCUCUCCAAGAAAUUUCAGCCAAGGCCAUAGGUCUACCUCAGCUUGAAACCCAGGCAGAGUCUACGGAAACAUGUCAAAAUAUAAUGGUUCCGCAAAAUGCGAUUUCGGAAAAGGACGAGAAGAGAGGCAUUAGACGUCCCGGAGAGCUGUACAAAAGGGACAGGAGUUCAGAAGAGCUCACAGAAAAUGCAAGAGCUUUUUUUGAAACAGCUGCUCGUAAUACCGGUAUGAGCUUAAAAAUGCUAGUGAGAAGCGUGUUCCAGUUGGAAACGCUCUUGGAGAAAUGGAGAGUAGCAGAGAUAAAGAGAGCGAUAUCGACUCCAGUAGAUGGAGAAGAGUCAUCUGAUGAAGAGGGGCAAUACAAGUUGGAUCUCAAAAUUGUACCGAAAUUCCACGACGACAACGACGAAGUUCAUACCGCAAACAUGCAGAUCUUCGUCAAGACCCUUACGGGCAAGACUAUCACACUCGAGUGUGAGAGUGCCGAUACCAUCGAUAAUGUCAAGUCCAAGAUCCAGGACAAGGAGGGAAUUCCCCCAGACCAGCAACGCCUGAUCUUCGCUGGAAAACAGCUUGAGGAUGGAAGAACUUUGAGUGACUACAAUAUUCAAAAAGAAUCUACUCUCCACCUUGUCCUCCGUCUCCGUGGUGGUAUCAUUGAGCCAUCUCUCAAGGCCCUUGCCUCCAAGUUCAACUGCGAUAAGAUGAUCUGCCGAAAGUGCUACGCUCGUCUACCUCCUCGUGCCACGAACUGCAGAAAGAAGAAAUGCGGACACACUAACCAACUUCGACCAAAGAAGAAGCUAAAGUGA